AUGGGUCAAAUUGAAUGGGCCAUGUGGGCAAACGAACAGGCUCUAGCCACCGGUCUGAUUCUGCUGACAGGAGGUAUAGUGGGAGUUGCUGGCCAAUUUAAGGACUGGCAGUUUGCAGCUUAUGGAAUUGCUGCUGGCGUGUUCAUCUGUCUGUUGGAAUACCCGAGAGGGAAGAGGAAAAACAAAGGCACCAGCAUUGAGAGAAUGGGUCAGAGGUACCUGACUAUUUGUGUCAAAGCAUUUGGUCCACUGACACGGAACUACUUUGUCCGAGCAGGCCUGCAUGCUGUUCUUUCCAUUCCAGGAGGGUUUAUGCUUCCCACAGUCCUUGGCUGUGUGUGUGUUGCGAUUGCCAGCCUCAUCUACCUGCUGGCUGCAAUCCGCGGAGAGCAGUGGGAACCCAUCAUGCCUCAAGUAGAGAGCAAGCAACGCCCUGGAGAAAGCAUGAAGGAACCCCCCUCGAACCCACCCCCGCGCCUCCCCGCAGAGCUCCGGAGGAAACGGCAAGAGGAUGCUGCGUAUGUCAACCCCAUUCCCAUCUCUGUCAACUCUGUUUAAGAGCACCUCCGAGGGGACAGUGUGACCAAGGGUGUGCACAAUCGAACAAUCGCUGCAGGCUCUAAUAGACUGCAUUGCAGAGGUCCUAGUUUACAGGACCAAAAAAUAACAUAUGCUCUGGAAAUAUCUCUUGAAAAUGCUAUGAACCCUGGUACUGUUUAGAUUUUACCACUGGAAGGACACUAAAUGUUUACCUUCAUACCCCCAAUGUUGCUUUGCUUUGUGUUUUGCAUUAAAAAAAAAUAAUUUAGGUAGUUUGGCAUUCUAGCAAGUAUUGGUUAUGUUACAUUAAAAUCAUGAUACCAAAUAUUUCCCAGUAGGGUCUUUUUGAAGCAGUUUGUAUAUAUAAUAAUAUUGAUGGAUCAUUAUUAAUAGAUGUUCUUGUUAAAAGGCAGAAGUUGAAUCAGAUUUGUUUGUAUUCUUACCAACAAUAUAUCCCAUUUGUACGUCAUUUAAGGAAAAUGAGUAAGACUACAUUUUGUUUGGGGGAUAAUCCACUGCUGGAUUUUCUGAGAUAUUUUACAGCACACGGCAAUCCUCUUGAUUUCAUGGUGGAUGCAACAAACCCAGCUUUGUCCUAUCCUGCCAGGGAAUAGGGUAAUCAAAUCAACCCCUUAGUGGGUUAUAGUUUCUGUAGUCAUAUUUUAAAGCAUUUGGUGAUCCCUACUAGUGCACAUUUUAUUUAUUAACAAAAUUGCAAUUGUUUUGCUACAGUGUACAUAGUAUAAAGGAACAACAUCUAACAUAGACGUUAAAGUGUUUUAAAAGUCAAGGGUUAUUUACUAAUUCUUUAUUACUAGUACUGAUGCUACACUAGUAAUGUUGUAUGGUAGUAUCAUCUCUACUGUGUGGACAUGGGCAGGCUCAGACGUGAAAUGGAGUCUUCUGUGGAAAUAACUAAAAUAGAAUGUUAUUUGAAACUUCUGUGAUGGUGCUUUUGAGUUUCAAAUGCACUACUUUUUUUAAUCGCAAGUUUCUGCGCUCUCAUGUGUUGCAUUUAAACACAGGGAAGUCCCCUUACUGUUACAUUUUAUUAAGUCUGUUUCCUGUUAAAACAGCAAAAUAGCCAGUGUACCAAAUAAUUUGCCUGUUUUGUGUGCACCAUGGCCUUAAGUACAGCAGAUUCAAAUCUAACAAUACAUUUGAUCUGAAAUGGUACCCAAUAACCUGGGUAACUCCAGGUUCCCAUGUAUGUAAACCUGUCAUCUAUCACCUUUUCCUACCUGGUUAUCAAAUAUGUUUUAACAGCCUCAUCUGCUGCUAUUUGCAUGUUGGUAUUUUACUACACAUUUUUAAAGUUCACAUUGUUUUUGCUACACAAUUUACAAAUGCAAGUAAAAAACAGUUUUGAGGAGGAGGCAGUGGUUAGUAUAUUAAUUUUAUGUAUUAGUUCUUUUGUGUUUUUGUUUCUGAAUUGUUGAGCAGGUCUUUAGUUGCUCCAAUUGCUGUACUUGAUAGUUAGACUCACAUUUUUUACUUAAAAAAAAAAAAAAAAAAAAAAAACUUCCAUGGGGUUUACAUCCUUCAUUCAAGUCAACCAAGAUCUAUUUGCUGUAUAACUGCUCCCAUUCUCUCCAACAAGCUUACUAUGGAGUUGAUUUGAUAACCCUAUACACUGUUGGGAUAAGCCACAGCUGUAUUUUGUUGUACAGUACUGAAGAAUUCACCUGGAAUCUGGAUUAAGAGGUAAUCCUGGGAUAACCCACGGGCAGGUUGAUACAAUCCAGGGUGAUAAGAGUCAGAGUUCCAGAUGUUCUUUCCAUGUCGGCUUGUUCUGUAGUACAGUCCUUGCAGUAUUGCAGAUUGCCUUAGUAUAUGGUUGGAGUAUUAAAAUAAUUCUCUUUGCACACUCUUAGUCACUUUGUUGUGUGAGAUGUUUAGCUUGAUCAAGGAGGGUACAUUAAUGUAGGGGAAAAAAGCCAAAUGAAGGAGACAGCCGGGGCAGAAAACACAUUUUCAGAAUCCUUUGCAAAUGAGUUUCUCUGCAUGUUUUUGAGAAAAAACAAUACGCUUUUAAGACUUAAGUCUUAUUUCAAGACCACGUUUUUGUUGGCAUUUAUAGCCGGUGCUUUACGUAAACCAGAUGUUCAUUUUCACAUUGUCUUAAUUGUCUUAAAUUAAUGUAUUGUAUCAAUAAAUGCAAGGUGUAUCAAACAUCAUAGUAUGGGUAAGGGUGAUGCCAGUAACACAUAGAUCAAUUACAAGUGAUUUAUACUUUUCAUUAUGUUUAAGAUGUAUUCUAAUAAAUCAUUUAUACUGGAAAGCUGAUGAGAUUGUGUGUGUCUGUACAGGCAGCCCCCUGCC